AUGCCCGACAAGUCUGGUGCGCUUCUGAUCGUGGCGGAUGAUGAGGACUCGUGGAUGCAGGUGUACCAGAGCCUAAACAGCCAGGGUCGUUCCGUUCGUAACAAGUCGCUGCCAAAGCGUCCCUCAAAGGGCUUCAGGUUCCUCGCCUGGAGUGCGGGCAUGCCCCCACAGUCGUCCUACAUACGAAAGACGAGCGACAUCCUCCCUGAGAACACCUGGUUCGACGGCACACACUUGCGGUACAAGGAGAGCAACCCACGCUACCGCUGGAUCGCACCCAGCAGCCGCAGCCGCCAGUCCCACUACUACGACGACGAAGAAGACGAAGAUGACGAUGACGAUGACGAUGACGGCUGCGGACACGCACCGCCCGGCAAGUGCUGCCAGGAUUGCGCGGUACGCUGCCUGGGGUGGCGCGAUAACGACAAGGGCCUCCAACAGGACGAGUACGGCAACUGGUGGGACGGCUGCGGCAACCUGGUCGGCAACAGCUUCGUGACGCCGGGGUCGCGGCCCUGCCAGAAUGUCAACUACUCGCUGCCGGCCAGCCGCCCACCACGGGGGGACUGGCGCGGGCGUCGCUUCGCCCGGAUGCCGUCGCCGGUGGGUGGCUACUUCGGCAGCGGCGACGAUGACGACUUCACGUGGCAGGACGGGCCGUCGGGUCGUGUGCGGUACACGAAGCAGCUGAUGAACCCGGUCUGCAACUCGUCGGGGGGGCGACCAGGUGGCGUAGAGCAGUACCGGUGCGGAUGA